GGACGGGAUGGAAGCGAGAUGAGAAUACCAAGCAGGUGCCUCAUGGCUCACCGUCAGCACCGGGCUGAGUUGAGAUUUGCGCACCCAUCCAACUUGGCUUGGGACCUCAACAUGUGAGCGCACUUUUGCAGGAGGAGGAUCCGCCCAGGAUGUCAGCUCUGAAGAAGGUGUUGCCAGGCAUACUGCAGAAGCAUUGCUGUAUGUUACCCGACAAGCACACAGACCAGCAGUAUUCAUGGUCACCCUCGCAAUACUUCGAUGAAGACAUUUAUUCCCCUCCACCCAGGAACAUGAAGGGUCUCUCUGGUGGCCGCCCUGCCCAUCUCCAGCUCACGUCACCCACCUCACCUCACACCUGUGGCUUGGUCGAAUGUGACCACUCCCUGGAUCACCAUCUCCACCAUGGUGACCCGCGGUCACCCACCUACCUCCUCAGCCCCACUGACAGCUGUGUCCUUGAGAGUCAUCACCGCUGCUCCCCCCGGAGCUCCAUCCACUCUGAAUGCAUGAUGAUGCCAGUGUCCCUAUCAGCCACCGACCAUUCUAUAUCCAGUAGCACUUUCCCUCGAAUGCAUUACGGCAGCAGUUCGAGAGACGGAGGUGGAAACAGUUCCGGCGGUAGGGAUUCUCGAGACGACGGCGGCUCCUCCUCGCACGGCGGCAGCGGCAAAAUGAACCGGAUCCCCGCGAAUCUUUUGGAUCAGUUUGAAAAGCAGAUGCCGCUGCACCGAGACGGCUUCCACACGUUGCAGUACCAGCGCACCUCCACCACAACCACAUCGACGGAGCACCGCAAUGAAAGCCCCGGCCGAAUUCGCCACUUAGUCCACUCAGUUCAGAAACUCUUCACCAAGUCGCACUCCCUGGAAGGAUCUUCCAAGAUGAACGGUACAAAAAGUGACUCGCACAGGGAUGGCUCACAUCACCACCAUCACCACCACCAAGGCCACCACAAACACAGCAAACGCAGCAAGAGCAAAGACCGCAAAUCCGACGGCGGAGGAAAGCAGCGGCACGGCGGAUGGUGGAGCUCGGACGACAAUCUCGACAGUGACAGCACCUACAGGACGCCGAGCAUCAUGUCGCGGCAUCCUGUCGACCACAUCAGCCACUGUUAUCCGGACUCGAUGCACAGUCACCUGGCGGGGGACCUGUCACUCAAGACCUCCAAGAGCAACAACGACGUCAAGUGCUCGGCCUGCGAGAGCAUUAGCAUGGCGCCCGAGGGCAAAUUCAUGAAAAGGAGUUCCUGGUCAACAUUAACCGUCAGCCAAGCCAAGGAAGCCUACAGGAAGUCUUCACUCAACUUGGAGAAGCCCAUGACCCCCACUGACCUCAAACCCAGCUUGAGGCCGUGUCACUAUCUACAGGUACCCCAGGAUGAGUGGGCCGGUUAUCCUGGAGGUGGGAAGGACGAUGAGAUUCCUUGCCGUCGAAUGCGGAGUAGCAGCUAUGUUAAAGCCAUGGGGGAUGAGGAAAGUGGGGAGUCAGACUCCAGCCCAAAGACAUCACCUCAGAAGUCGGUGCGGCCGGAUGCCCUGAUCAAAGCCAUCAUCAGACCCAAGGACCUGCUGGACUCUCAGAGCUCUUACCGCCUGGAUAAAAUCAACAGUGACAUGCAUAACUACAUCACCAAUUUUGCUGCAGACUUAAGUCAGAACUACCACUUGCAGGCCACAAGGGAAAUACACCCCAGUCUUGCCCUGGAUCCAUCUACAAACUACAACUCGCCCAAGUUUCGCUCCCGGAAUCAGAGCUAUAUGCGGGCCGUCAGCACGCUUAGUCAGGCUAGCUGUGUCAGCCAAGUGAGCCAGGUUAGUGAAACUGAAGUAAAUGGCCAGUUCGAAUCUGUGUGCGAGUCGGUGUUCAGUGAGGUAGAAUCCCAAGCCAUGGAGGCGUUGGACCUCCCUGGAUGUUUCAGAACCAGAAGCCACAGUUACCUACGAGCCAUCCAGGCUGGAUACUCCCAAGAUGAUGAUUGCAUCCCCCCCAUGGCGUCUACUGUUACCUCCACCAUCAGGUCAACCACAGCCAUCACCUACACACCGAGCUACAAGAAGACGCCUCCUCCAGUACCGCCCCGUACCACCUCCAAACCGCUCAUCUCCAUCACAGCCCAGAGCAGCACUGAGUCCACCCAGGAUGCCUACCACGAGGGACGGCACCCUCACAGCGGCAUGUGGGCCCCUGAUGGCCUCACCCUUGGGCUGACGGCAGGCAGAACCCUCUAUAACUCCACCGACAGCCUGGACAGCACCAAGGCUGUGACCAUAGCCAUGGAGGCGGCGGGAAUCAUGGCAGGGAAAAGGCAUCCAUCCACAGAUUCUCAUAGCUCGGUGCUCACCUGUGACAAGGCAAUCCUGGUGUCCAAGGCUGAGGAAUACUUGAAAACACCUCGAUCGUCUAUAGGGAUACAGGUGGAAGCGGCCACGGACUCGGAGUCUGAAAGCAAAGGCUCGCGGGAGUACCACUCUGUCGGGAUCCAGGUGGAGGAUGACAAAAAAGGACAGGGGAGGUUCAAACGCUCCAACAGUGUGACGGCCGCUGUCCAGGCUGACCUGGAAUUGGAGGGCUUUCCCACCAUGGAGGACAAGGGCCUGCAGUUCGGCGGGGGCUUUCAGCGUCACUCGGAGCCCAGCACGCCCACCCAAUACGGAGCGGUGCGCACCGUCCGCACGCAAGGCCUCUUUAGCUACCGUGACGAUUACCGCACCCCCGCUGAGCCGGCCAGUCCUCGCGAGACUACCAGCGAGACGAGCUGGCAGCUGGAACCUCCCUCCCCGCGGGAGAGCGCAGCCUCGUCAGGUGAGUCGGGGAGGGUGUCUCCGUCCCUGCGGAGAGAUGGAAGCUGGUUCAUGCAGCGGCUCCACGCGGAGACCAAGAGGAUGGAGGCCUGGUGUAAAGAGAUGGAGGCAGAAGCCGAGGAGAAUGACCUCACAGAGGAAAUUUUAGGUAAAAUCCGAAGUGCAGUUGGAAGUGCUCAGCUGCUCAUGUCUCAGAAAUUCCAACAAUUUUACUGGCUGUGUCAGCAAAAUCUGGACCCCAGUGCCAUGCCGCGACCCACCUCUCAGGACCUGGCUGGGUUCUGGGACCUGCUGCAGCUCUCUAUUGAUGACGUCACCAUGAAGUUUGACCAGCUGCAGCAGAUCAAGAACAACAACUGGAGGCCAAUAGACAGCCCAGAAAAGAAGCCCCCAGCUCCCAUACCAAAGAAGACCAUCAGACAGAAGAGUGCAGUGACGAGAGAAAAAUCUCUGGACCUCCCUGACAGGCACCGCCAGGAAGCACGUCGGCGGCUCAUGGCAGCCAAGCGCGCCGCCUCCUUCCGGCAGAACUCAGCCUCAGAGCGAGCGGACAGCAUUGAGAUCUAUAUUCCAGAGGCUCAGACUAGACUUUGAGAAAACGUCGGAUCAGGGAUCUGUAUCCAUCCCUGCUCCUGUGCUCCAGCAACUUUAAAACUAGCUUUUUUUUCUAGACUGCUUCUCUCUCCACACCUUCUUUGUUCAUCUCUGGUCCGUUAGCCAUCCUCAGUGUCCAUCGCCAACAUCACUGGGCUGUAGGAUGUGCCAAGGCUCUACUUCCAUUGCCAAAAACGUGCAUCUGAGAUGGGUUGGUUGGAGUUUUAUCUUGGUUUGCUUGUGACCAAGAUCCACAGGCUCUCUCAUGUCCUGGAUGGGUACAUCUGUAGUUUUUCAGCAUUUGCAAAGUGCCAUUUUAAGAGGAAGAAAAGUGCAGCUUUGAAAACCUUACCAGCAACCACACCUUUGAGCUAAAAAAAAACAAAACAAUGUGUUUAUUUGAAGUUUUACAAAAUUGGUCUAAGUUUGUAACUCUUCACUAUUUUUUAGUGUCUUAAAAUUACCUUUGUUUAUGCAGUCUUUAAAGGAGUGAAUCAAAGGCUAAAUAUCACCAAUUUGUUGUGACUUUGAACAAGUGCCAAUGCUUGAAAUACCUCAACUAUGUGCACACGGCACAGGUAACCUAUUCAAGGUGCUUCAGGCAAUCCUUACUAAGCUUUUGAUCGGUUAGACUUAAAAAAAAAAUGCAGCCUUCUACCAUACACAGUCAUGAUGAAAUAUUUCAGAGUGCAUCUCAAUAAAUCUAAACAUUAUUGAAAAAUGUUUUAUUUCAGUAAUUCAGUUCAAAAAGUGAAACUUGCGUUUAGAUUCAUUGCACAGAACAUUUAUUAUUUUAAUUUUUUAUUUCCAUUAAGCUUUGAUGAUUAUGGCUUAUAGCUAAUGAAAACCCAAAUCCAACAAAUUUUGAAUAUUAUGUGAGACAAAGAAAGUUUUUUUUUCAUCCAUAAAUAUUUAACUUUUCCUUUCACACUUUUUCCUUCCACUCAACUUUCCCUUCAUAUGCUUUGAGACAGCACUUUGUAAACAACAAGCUUGACCUUUUGUGGCUUACCCUCCUUCAGGAGGGGUUUUCAAUAUAGCAUCCGUUUUUCCCUUUUUGAAGUGAAAGACACUCUAUAUUCUAAUUUAUUGAGAUGCACCUGAGUAAACUUGGAAUGACAUCUGCCCACUCUUCAAUGUGCACUUUUCACACCAAUUUCCUAAAUAUCCAAUGUUUGUGUUGCCAAAUUUCAGACAUUUACUUGAAGCUGUAAACAUGCAAGUCUUGUGCCAACAUGUUCAUCACAUCAAAGCAGUAGAGAAGUAACAAAAAAAAAACUAUAAAGGUUUGAGUAACUCUUUAGAUUAAAAUGUGUAGACAAAUGCACUUAUGCACUUAAUAUAACUCUCACUAUUUCCAAGGGAAAUGUACAUACCCGAGUUCACAAUAGUACUGUUGUAUUUUAAAUUGUGAGUGGGAAAGCUGUGCUGUUUUUUUUUUUUUCCUCCACAUGUCACCAUAUGUUUGUUUUUGAAAAAUCUUGAUAACCACGCUAGUAGAGUUGCUCUGCUGAGUUUUCAUCAUUUUUUCCAAAGCCCUUUCAAGUUGCACACUCAGUCCACAGCUAAUGAGGAGUGGUAGAAGUAACCAUCAAAACAUAAACAAAAUGUCAUUAUUUCUUUGAGCUAUGAACUGUGUCUUGUUUUUCAAAUUUCCUAAAGAUCUCCCCGUCUGUGAUAGUGUCCCCAAGUGUUAUUAUAAUGAGGUCCCUCUAACCAGAAGAUCCGAAUUAACAAACUGAAACUGGGUCAAAGGAACUUCAGGGGGAUGCAAACAUAAAGUCUCAAAUAACCAAAACUUUAUGAAUAUCUUGCUAAAAAGUAGCAUCAAAUAUCAACAGUUGGUGUUGAUAAUGUGUAAUUUAUACCACAUAAUGUGUAACACUUACCCUGGUAACGGAACCAGCAGAGGAAAUGUUAGUAUGGCAGGAUAUAGUUGAAAAUAUAAAAAGUGAUUGAGAUACGUGAUUGGACAUAUACAAUUACAUAACACAUAUCUUCUGUGAAUAUUUUAUACAUGCCUUCAAAAAACAACCUAAACCUAAUAUUUAAGGUGCAAUAUAAGAGUAGAAAACUGGUGACUCUUGAUACUAUUUAGGUUAUAAGUAUAUUUUUUCUAUUUGGGUGCAAUCUAAUUAAAUUUUUGACUGAUAGGCACAGUAUUUUAAUAUUGUGUAAAAAAAAAAAAAA